AGUUCGUUUUGUAACGUGUGUGCAGAAACAUCCGUUUGACAGAGAAUUAAAGUAUUUUUUUCAUUGUGAAAUACAAGAGAAAAGUCUACGUUUAGCUCGCACUGGAUAAAAGGAAAAGUCGAAGUAAAAUAUCGGAAGUACAAAUAAAAAUAAAUUACUACGUUUAUAAGCGGAGCGACUUAAGAAAAGAAUAAACAACCCAAGCGUCGCCCCUCGUACUGACAUAGCCAUGAAAACAUCAAUUUUCUUAAUUUAUGUUGUAGCAACAAUUGUGUUGCUGUCGUUUACUCCAUGCUAUCUAACCAACGCAUUAAAGUUAGACAGAAUAAAGAAUUCAGCUGUAGAUGCUUUAAAACUUAGUGGAAAUGUUGCAAAAGGCGUUGCUGUAAAAGUUCCCGAUUUAAUUCCAUCUCCACAAAACUUGUACCGAUUAUCAAAACAAACUUUAAUUGGUCUUCCAUUUGAACUUUUACUGUCGGGAAUCGAUCAGUUAUGUUCAAUCGCUCUUGCUGCUGACAACUCUACCGAAUCUUACAAACAACCAAAGAUAGAAGAAAUGAAUUAUGUUUUGUUAACGGAAAGAGAAAACAUUUCUAUUCCAAUCACUGAAUCUUUAAAGCUAUGGAAUCACGAGCAAUUUGAUGUAAUGAAAAAAGUUGUCAUUAUGGUAACAGGUUGGACAACUGAUGUUAAUGAAGAAAAUUCCGCAGCAAGCGAGUUAUGGAAAGCUUAUCAUUCAAGGGGUGACACAAACUUUGUGUUUGUUGAUACGGCUCGUUAUGUUGAUACUCUUUAUGCAUGGUCAGCUUUCAAUACUCAAGAACUUGGUAGAGGAUUGGGAAGGGGCUUGGCUGAGCUUAUCAAGGUCGUUCCAUUAGAAAACAUUCACUUGAUGGGUCAUUCGCUUGGUGCACACAUUGCCGGUACAGCUGGAAAAACUUUUCAAGAAAUUACUAAUAAGCAAUUGCCAAGAAUCACCGCUUUCGAUCCAGCAAAAGUAAGAAAAGUUGUGAAUUUCCUGGAAAUUUCAUUAAUUAAACUUUUUCAUCUCUUUUCUCUUUUAUUGCUUCUUCAUCAAAAGCCAUGUUUCAAUGAAGGUGAAAGUCUCUUAGGAGUUGGCCGUGGUGAUGCGGAAUUUGUCGACGUGAUCCAUUCUGAUGCUGGAGGAUUGGGAAAAUCAGAAGCAAUUGGUGAUGCAGAUUUCUUUCCUAACGGAAUUGUGCCUCUUAUGCCAGGAUGUCUGACAAUUUUCUGUUCGCAUUCAAGAGCUUGGGAAUAUUAUGCAGAGACCGUUUAUAAAGGAAAUGAAAGUAACUUCAUUGGCAAGAAAUGCGGAUCUUUGCUUUCUUAUGAAAUCGAUGCAUGUAUUCGACAAGAAGUUCCAAUGGGUUACGCAUGUCCACCCACAGCAAAAGGCAAUUUCUUUUUAAAAACAUCUUCGAAAUCUCCAUUUGGACUUGGUCAGAAGAACAAAUAAGUGAAGUUCAAUAACUUUUAUUAACACGAAAAGAUAAAUUUUCGCUUCCAAACACCCUAAGGACCGAUAAAUCACUUUCACAGAUGACCAAACAAAACCAGAUAAUGUACAUAAAUACUUUUUAUCAACAGCAACAAAAUAAAAAAAAACUUUUAUUUUAUUCGUUUUA